UAGUGAGAUAUGAAGGGCAGUGACAGAAUGGUCUGGCGCUGCUGGGAACGUCAUGAGCGACAAAAUCCAAAAGGAGGCAACGGCAACAUAAGAGGGGGGCCGAGCUGUCUGACAGCUUGGGCUUCUGGACGGGGCGAGUGGAUAUUCUAAUUAGCAGCACUGACUUCCAAUGUCAGCGUCGUACCUUUGUUUUUUACUCAUGCUAAGGAAGGAAAGAAGAAGUGAACUUCUGUAGCUUCUUAACAUGAACCGGACAGGUGCGCUGGCGAGUUAAUUGCAAAUUAAAAAAAAAGAGAGAAAAAAAUUCUGCGCUUGUUGUGGCGUCGCAUUCAAGAACAAAGUUGACACAAUGGAGCAGCAGCAGCAUUUCUCGGUGUCUGGAAGCGGCAGAAGUCUGUCUUCUUCUUCUUCCUCCUCCUCCUCCGGUUCCAGCGUCGCGUCCGAGGGAGAAGAGACGACGCCUGGCGUGGAGAUUAAAGUUUACGGCGAUGAUGGCGAUAACAUCGAACACCUGGACUGUGGUGGUGACAAAGCUGCUGCGGGCGGUGGAAACGCAGACCACGGCAAGGAGACCCCAGAGGAGGAGGAGGAUGAUGAUGAUGAAGAGGAGGAGGAGGAAGACGAAAUGUUGGACCACAUCCUCUACCCACCUCCUACCCUCCUGAGAAAGUCCAGUAUUCCUGAGCUAACCCACGGCAUAAGUCCUGCUAUCAAAUUCAAGCUGCAGCUCAGUGAGGAUGGAAAACAGCUUCGUAGAAGAAGCCUGGGCGGUGGUUUAACAGGAAAGUACCUGUUGCUGCCCCCCAGCUUUCAGCAGAGCCAGACAGUGCUGCAGCCGUCAUCCGAGACCUCUAAUCUGGUCCACAUGCGAUCCCUGCACCUUGGAAAGUCAGACCCUUCACUCUCCUCUAGUUCGAAGGAGCUGAGUCUUCCCAGAAGAGGAAGUUUCCUCACUCCCCGAAGCUUGAGCCCUACUCCCACUAGCCCCUGCAGUCCGUGCAGCCCACUGCAUGCCUUUCAUUUCUGGAGCUCAAAAGACAAGAGGAUACACAACAUUGGUUUUACAAGAACAAGACGAGACGGCUUUUUACCAAUAUUUGGAGAAAACUGUCGAACGAGCAACAGAAAAAGCCUAAUCGGAAGUGGUCAGUCAUCGGGUUUGCCACGACCCCACUCGCCGCUUUCUUCUCUUACAGGAACAAGCCCACAAGACAGCCCAAGAAAUUUCUCCCCCAGUGCCUCUGCUCACUUCUCUUUUGCACGAAGUCAUUGCCACAGAGCAGACAGGACUGAUGGACGCCGCUGGUCCCUGGCCUCCCUGCCCUCCUCUGGAUAUGGAACCAACACACCCAGCUCCACAGUCUCUUCAUCCUGUUCAUCACAGGAGAAGCUUCACCAGCUGCCCUUCCAGCCUACGCCUGAUGAACUGUGCUUCCUCUCCAAGCACUUCUGCACUGAGAGCAUCUCCGGGGAUGAAUGCUGCAGAACGACGACCAUGCGACCCCGCUCACGCAGUCUCAGCCCUGGAAGGUCUCCAUCCUGUUAUGACCACGAGAUCAUCAUGAUGAAUCAUGUCUACAAGGAGCGGUUUCCCAAGGCCACCGCUCAGAUGGAGGAGAAGAUUCAGGAAAUCAUCCGCAGCAACUCUCCGGAGAGCGUCCUCCCCCUGGCAGAUGGCGUGCUUGGCUUUGCCCACCACCAGAUAAUUGAACUAGCCCGGGACUGUCUGGAAAAGAGCCGGCUUGGUCUCGUUACCUCCAGCUACUUCUGCGAACUCACUGACAAGCUAGAGAAACUUGUUCAAGAGUCCACAGAGAGGUCAGAAAGUGAGGAGGUAGACUUCAUCAAAGAGCUGGCAAAGAAGAUCCUGAUUGUGAUAGCUCGCCCUGCUCGACUGCUGGAGUGCCUGGAGUUUGACCCAGAGGAGUUUUACCACCUUCUGGAGGCAGCUGAAGGACACGCUAAAGAAGGCCAGGGCAUCAAAUCGGACAUCCCUCGUUACAUCAUCAGCCAGCUGGGACUCACCCGAGAUCCUCUAGAAGAAAUUUCACAUCUGACCAGUAGUGACAGCGGCAUUGCAGAAACUCCAGAAACAGAUGAGUCUUCUCAGAGUCUCAGCACAGUCUUGCGGUCCCGGAGGAAACCCUGCGAACUGGACUUUGAGAUGAUGAAACUCAUCAGCAACGGUGCCUAUGGAGCCGUUUAUUUAGUUCGGCACAAGGAAACUAAGCAGAGGUUCGCCAUGAAAAAGAUCAACAAGCAGAAUCUGAUGUUGAGGAAUCAGAUACAGCAGGCCUUUGUGGAGAGAGACAUCCUCACCUUUGCUGAGAACCCCUUUGUUGUGUCCAUGUACUGCUCCUUUGAGACGCGCCGGCACCUGUGCAUGGUGAUGGAGUAUGUCGAAGGCGGAGACUGUGCCACCCUUUUGAAAAACAUGGGUCCCUUGCCUGUGGAUAUGGCCAGAAUGUAUUUUGCAGAAACCGUUCUGGCGCUGGAGUAUCUUCAUAACUACGGCAUUGUCCACAGGGAUCUCAAGCCUGACAAUCUGCUGGUGACCUCCAUGGGGCACAUCAAACUGACUGACUUUGGUCUCUCUAAAGUUGGUCUGAUGAACAUGACCACUAACCUGUAUGAGGGACACAUAGAGAAAGAUGCCAGGGAGUUCUCAGAUAAGCAGGUAUGUGGAACCCCGGAGUACAUUGCCCCAGAGGUGAUCCUGAGACAAGGCUAUGGGAAGCCCGUUGACUGGUGGGCUAUGGGCAUCAUCCUCUAUGAGUUCCUUGUGGGCUGUGUGCCUUUUUUUGGAGACACGCCAGAGGAGCUAUUUGGACAGGUCAUAAGCGAUGAGAUCAACUGGCCUGAUGGUGAGGAUGCUCCACCUCCUGAGUCUCAGGAGCUCAUCACCCUGCUGCUGAGACAGAAUCCUCUAGAAAGGAUGGGUGCAGGAGGAGCAGCUGAAGUGAAGCAGCAUCAGUUUUUCCACAACCUGGACUGGAAUGGCCUGCUGAGACAAAAGGCGGAGUUUAUUCCUCAGCUGGAGUCCGAAGACGACACAAGCUACUUUGACACUCGCUCUGAGAGAUACCAUCACCUAGAGACGGAGGAAGAGGACACAAAUGAUGAAGACUUCAAUGUGGAGCUGCGGCAGUUCUCCUCCUGUUCUCACAGAUUCUCUAAGGUCUACAGCAGCUUGGAUUUGUCCCGAGGGCAUCUGGAGGAGAAGGGAGAGACGGAGGAGAAGAAGAGUGAAAGCCCGCUGACUGUGGACUCUCUGAGCUGGACGCCAGACUUUGCUGAAAUGCCCUCGCUGUCCCACUCAACAGACACGGACAGUACGAACCAGGUCCCUCGACCCAGUUUACUACCCAAGUUUGCCAUCUCGGCUGAGAGCGAAGGCGACGACACCUCAGGCCUCAGCAACCCCAGCAAGGUGUCGUUCUCUAUCGGGGAGCUGCCGCAGGAUGAGCCCGAUGUUGUCACUCCUGGCAGCACUCACAGUGGAGCCACGCUCUCUGGCAGCUUCUCCGAGCAUCUGGACCAGCUGACACCUAGAAGCGAGGAGGUAAAGACCCUCGAUGGUACCAGCCACGCCUCUACGAAUCAGGGGGCUCGGACCUCCUCUCUGCGACCAGAAACCGCCGCAGAAAAGACCAAACCUCUGGCUAAAGUCCACAAGUCUGUGUCAACAGGAGCCCUUUCCCUGAUGAUCCCUGGUGAUAUCUUUGGGGUGUCUCCACUAGCCAGCCCCCUUUCUCCUUACUCCCUCUCCUCGGACCCGUCCUCCAGAGAUUCCUCUCCGAGCAGAGACUCCUCCCUCUGCACCACCAACCCACGGCAGCCGAUCACCAUCCACAGCUCUGGGAAGAAGUUUGGCUUCACACUGAGGGCAAUCAGAGUGUACGCGUGUGACAGUGACAUUUACACGGUCUAUCACAUGGUCUGGAAUGUAGAAGAUGCUGGGCCGGCACAGAAAGCAGGACUCAAAGCUGGAGACCUGAUUACUCACGUGAACGGGGAACCUGUUCAUGGUCUCGUCCACACAGAAGUGGUGGAGCUCCUGCUGAAGAGUGGAAGCAAAGUGGCCAUCUCUACCACUCCUUUUGAAAACACAUCCAUAAAAACUGGCCCAGCCAGGAGGAACAGCUACAGGAGCAAGAUGGUGAGAUGUGGAAAGAAGGCCAAAAAGGAGAAGACACCCGAAAGGCGGCGCUCCAUCUUCAAGCGUUUUGCCAUGCAGCCUUCUCCUCUGCUUCACACCAGCCGCAGCUUCUCCUCCCUGAACCACUCUCUGUCAUCCGGUGAGAGUUUGCCUGGCUCUCCCACCCACAGUCUCUCCCCUCGCUCCCCUACCGCCGCCCUCAGAACUGCACCAGAUUUCACACAGUCAGGUGGUAACUCCUCCCAGAGCAGCUCUCCCAGCUCCAGCGCUCCAAACUCGCCGGCAGGCUCAGGCCACAUUCGUCCCAGCACUUUGCACGGACUCGGCCCCAAGCUGCCGGGCCAGCGGCUCCGCCAGGGGCGCCGGAAGUCUGCCGGCAGCAUUCCCCUCUCUCCUUUGGCCCGUACGCCUUCGCCCACGCCGCAGCCGACAUCUCCUCAGCGCUCACCCUCUCCGCUUCUCAGUGGACAUCCUGUAGCACUCUCCAAGGCAACGCAAUCUUUCCCAGCCAAAAUACACUCCCCUCCCACAAUCGUGCGCCAUAUCGCCUGCCCUAAAAAUGCUGAGCCGCCUCGCUCGCCUCUCCUGAAGCGUGUCCAGUCUGAGGAGAAGCUGUCGCCGUCCUACGCAGGGGAGAAGAAACACCUUUGUACCAGAAAACACAGCUUGGAGGUCACCCAGGAGGAGGUGCAGGACGAGGAGCUGAGGUCCUCUGAGCGAGACUGCGCCAUGUUGCAGAGUGUGGACGAAACGGCUAGUGAGCCCGUGCUCGUCAAUCGGCUGCGGCCCGUUGAGCAAGGCUGCUUAAAGAGGCCCGUCGGUCGUAAGGUUAGCAGACAGGAGUCUGUGGAGGAGCUUGACAAAGAAAAACUGAAAUUCAAGAUGGUGGUUAAAAGGCAGGACUGGCCAGAGAGGAGGGAGUCUCUGCAGAAACAAGAUGCUCUGCUUGAAUUGGACUCAAUGCCUCUGUGUGGCGAUGAGAGGGACGAAUGUUUCCUUUUUCCAACCCAGAACAAAGCCCAGAUCAGCCCAGAGUCAGGUCUGGAAAUCAAAGCUGCUAGCACAACGCUUAAAGAUGUCCUGUAUAAGAAACUGUCCACACGAGCCUCUGAAGGCUUCCCCGAAGCUUCCAGUGGCAGCUGUGAGAGCGAAGGAAGCACCCGGUCAUCUCCCUGCGUUCCUCACACAGAGCGGCAGCACUCUUGGCAGGGGAAAGACGCCCUGAAGCCCGACAGACUAGACUUCAAAGCUCCAAGCAUUGAGUUCACCAGGAAAAGGCUGUCAUUUGAAGACAGGGAGGACUGCAUGUGUCGACUGUCGUCCGGCCUCCAUGAGAACCUCCAUUUUGCCUCCAUGAGGUCCAAAAGCCUCCAGCUGGACACGGUCUUGUCCCAUGACCACAUGAAAGGCAGUGUUCACUCAAACCCCGAAGGUCUGUCCCCGAAACUUUUCUCAGGGAGGGAGGGGAGCGCUGUGGAGAAACUCCAGCUCAUUUCCUCUGCUGAGACGCCGCUGAGAAAGACUUCAUCAGAGUACAAACUCGAGGGACGCCACGUCUCCUCGCUUAAACCUCUGGAGGGGACUCUGGACAUCGCUCUGCUUUCAGGACCGAGGGUCUCCAAGACUGAGAACUGUCUCUCCAAGAUGACAGACCACACAAGUGACGCUCUCUCUGUGAGUCCUUCAGUACGGCUCAAAAGUCCAACUGAGAGGCAGAUCACUAUCCCCCAAGUGAAAGCUGAUAAGAUGAAAACCUCUCUGACCUGUUUACCAAGCAGUGAGGCCGUUUCUCCUGUAGCCAGCGGAGCUGUGUCAAAAGAUCAGCCGAAUGCCGCGGCGGCAGACAUUAAAAUCAGUUCAAGUGGAGAAAAGACACAAGACAGACACAGAGACUCAUUGAAGCCUUCAGGAGUCAAACAAGAAAGCCGUGUCAGUGUCAAGGCCUCUUCCCCUUUAGCUCAUGACCACAGAGGCCCCCGACACGCCUCCCACUUCUCCUCCAGUGGGAAAACCCCUUCCAUACGGGAAGUAAGCAAUGAAGAUCAGGAGGAUGAAGCAGAGCAAGAGGAAUACCCAGCAGACACUACAUCACAAAAUAAACACGGGUCCCAAGUAGUGGCAUCUUUGAGUUCAGUAAAACUGGAUGCAAAGUUAAAAACUCCAGCACAAGUAGAGAUAGAUCGAGCUCCAGCACCGGACAGGCAGAGCACAGACUCUGGUUUGCAUACAGGUCGGCAUCAGAGUGCUGAGAAAACCAUAUCUGCUGUAACCCCUGUGCGUGCAGGACCUGUACAGAACGUCUCUGCUUCUGAGCUCAGUCCAGAGAAUGUGCUUUCAGAACAGCAAGCGCUCGACAUCUGCUCCUCAGAACCACAGAUGAGCUUUUCUGUCACAACAUCAGCAUUAUCUUCUGAGCGUGAUCAUAAAUCCAGCUGCUUAAGUCCUAACGCCGCCUGUGAAACAUCUGCCAGUGAAGAAGCUGCACCGUCAAGUAGAGGAGCAGACAGAGAACUCUGUGACUAUUCCUCCAAGUUAGAGCAAAACACAGACACUAACCUAAAUCCUGCAACAAAAGACAAAAUGAAUGUGAGCAAGAAGCCUAACUCUGCGUCUGCAGGAGACUCGCCUGACUUGUUCCCGAAGAAAGAAGUUCCUGUAAUUUUAUCAAAGAACUCGAUGUGUUUGAAAGAUCUUGGGCAGCCCCCCAAACACUGUCCAGCUGAAAAAGCCCAGCACAAACCCUGUGAUUCAGAGUAUAAGAAGGCAGUAAAGGAAAACACUGUGGUCCAGUCUACAAAAGUAUCAGCUCCAAACGAAAAUGUUUUGAGUGUAAAGGGUAAAUCUAGACCUGAACAACAACCUGCAGGUCCUCCAUCUGUGAAGGACUCAAGUCCACCUGAAUUUAAGUCUCGCAGCACAACUCCCCCUGUCCCCAUGGUUAAAGGAAGCCCAAGCUCAAAACACCCUAAAGAGGCUGAAGCCACUACUACAAAUGUUCAAGCAACCAAGGACACUAAACAUGGAGAGGCUUCAUUGCUGUCCAUCGGGGGCAGCAUGAACCAGGAAGAACCAGCUCGGCCAACACAGUCGCCCAAGCAAAAGGUGACUCAGCCCAAGAGUUCUGCUACCAUAAAAGACCCUGCGGACUCAAAGCCAAAACCCCUCCCUCCUAAAACCACAUCAUCAUCUCCGCUUAUCAAGCAAAAUGUUGAUGCAAAACCAAAAGAUCGCUCACCCAAAAACCAAGCUCAUCCUGAAUCUAAACCAAAAGAUGUCACCUUGCCUCUCUCUUCACCUCAGCUUCAGCAGCUCGAAAAGGCCCGGCCAUCGGAGGUCAUCCCUCUUCCCAACCCUCCACCGGUGCUGCCAAAGCCUGCCGUGAAAAAGGACGUGUACUUGCUGAGCCAAGGAGACUCCUUAGACAAGUUCAGCUCUGAGCCUGUGGUCAAGGCAGCUAAGGACACUCUCAAACAGGAUACUCACAAGCCCCCAGAUACCCAAACCACCCUUGACAAGCAGCCCUCAUCCAACCGGAAGGAGCAUGUGGACAAGAAGAAGAAAGACACAGUUCAAGAGGUCACGUCUGCACAGAAAACCACGAAAAGAGACUCAUCCCGGGCUUCUCCAUCUGCACUCAAAGACACUUCCGAUAAGGACAGUAGCAGGUGCAAGCAGCAGAGGGAGUCCCCCCGUAACGCCAGUAACAAGAAGUAAAAACACAAAGUUCUAGGGAUUCAUGUCAGCAUCGUCAUGCCUUCUUCUUUUGGGUUUUAUUUGAGGACCGGCCAAGCUGUUACAUGCCGAUAUAGGUGUUGGUAUCUCUUAAUUUGCUGAUGACGUUCGUGUUUCUCUUCUCAAGUCAAGUGAAUGUUUCAAGGUUUGAUUCUUUUCUUCACCAAAGGCUUUGUGCAAUCAGUAAUGUCAGAGGCUGCAAUGUGUUGAAGAGUUAGUGCCAUAAAAGAUUUUGAAUUGCACUUUUACCUGUGGACGCGGAGGACCUGAUGCCGAGGUCUUUUAAUGCAGUAGACCACAUGAUUUUAAUAAGCAGAUUAGCCACUGUUAGUGUUUCCUGCCCGGUAUGACCCAUUUGAUUAGUGAUUUUUCCACCAAGUGGCGCACAGAGGGAAUAUACCAUGUCCUGUGCUUGUUCACCUAAAUCUUUAAAGUACAGAAUCAUGUUCUGGUUCUUAGUGAAGGGGCCUUAGACACACGGGAAGUAAAACCUCUUGCUGUUCUUGGCAAGGAGUUGUGUUUAUUCACAUUCCUUUGACAUCUGUACAUAUAGUUCUGAUUUUUAUGCAAUACGGUGUAAAUAAGAUAUUGUAAAACAGGGAAAACAUUUGGCUUACAUGAUUGUAUUAUAUGUAAAGAUUUUGCCGUGUCAUGUUUGUAUGCUCGAUAUGAAGACGUUCUGCUCUGUGGUCUAAAGUCUCAUCAAAGGUGUUCUCCUCUCUGACGUCUCCCAUGUUUUCACAUGCUCCAAAACUGACUUGAAGAGGGACGCGGCUUGAGGAGCGAACUGGGCUAUUUCUUAAAAUGUAGCAUUAUAAAUAAAUCUAUAUCUAUAAAAAAGAAAAACUGUGAGGGCUAUCAGCGUUUCCUAAGAAUGUCUCUACUCGUGUUGGCGCGUUUUCAGGCUAGCUGCGAAUUGAAGAACGAUAGGCGAUUGUUCGAUCGACGAAAGAAACAAGCGCCUCUGCACACGUGCAGCUGAUUUGAAAAGAAACAAACGUCCUUUAGGGUUUUCAUGUUCGGGACUUAUGCUCGGUCACUUGAGGAAUGUGCCAUCUUAAAGGGUUGGUGUUCAAGUGUCUCACUGUCAGGGUGUCUGUGCUGUUUUCAUACAACCUUAAGCUUCACUUGGGUAAAGAUGUAACAAAGAGUGUUUGCAUAGUUUAUGUCCACGGCGAGCAAAUACUCUACACCACUCUAUACAGGCUCUCAUGUAUCCUUAUUCACUUUUCUCCUUAUUAUUGAUGCCUUUUCAAUUACAAACCCUGUAUGACAAACUGAAAUUAGCUUAGAUCAUUAUUCUUAGCGGUAUUUACAGUUAAAAAAAAAAAAUCUCAUGUACUACUUGUGUGCAAACUAUAAAUUUACCUUGACACAAAGUAUAUCUAAAUGUUCCACACUGUCUCGACAAUUAUUAAUUGACUUUAGGGAUGUUAUUGUGAACCAAUCAAAUGUUUUCCUGCAUUAGAUAUUGUAAAGGUAUCGUAAGAAACUGCACCUUAAUGUUUGAUCACCGAGUCAAUGAAUUAGGAGCUAAAAGUAGAUCCAACGUUUCAUUCUCAUUUAAUAAACCCCCCACUUUUUUUGUUCCCAUGAUGACAGACAUUUAAAAGCACAUGCAGUGUUUGUUUACAAAGCCUCAUGGAUGUAUAUUUUGUAUAUUGUUAAUUUGCCAAAUCUGUAUUCUGUGUCUCAGAUAAUGUUGCUGAUAGCCAUGUGAGACCUUUGCCCCCCCUCCCUCCUCCCCCUCCUGCCAGCAGGAUAUUCGUUUGUGUGCGGUAAUCAGUGUUCCUUCAUGUCGAGUUCUUCUCGUCUGCUUGUCUCUUCGGGUCCCUUAGUUUCUGUGUGCAACACUGGUAUUAGGUGAACUUGCUCUCUAUGGUUUGUCUUUUAGAAAAUGUGCAAUAAAAGUGUUUUGAGUUUUUGUAUUUUGCCCAAGAAAAGCUCUAUGGAUGUCAUAGAUGUUGUAUAUUAACAGAUAUUUAUACUUCUAAUGUUGCGUAAUACUGAAAAUAAAAUGAGAUUCUAAAUGA